AUGGAACUUCGAAUACGGCUGUUUGUCGCUAUCUGCUUCUUCCUAUUGAAAGGGCCGGCAACACUAGCAUCUACUUACUCGUGCCAUCAAAAUAAUGUUGAUGUACAAUUUACAUUAUCAAUAGCAACUCAUUCUGCAUCGAAUCCGGCAUCCAAUUGUUAUGUACAGCAAUGUAAUGUAACUUCAACCGGUAAUAAUACUUGUUCUUUACCACCAGCACCUUGCUUCAAUUAUCUUUCAAUAAACAAUGUUAGUUAUUGUGCUCCAGGUGUUCAAUGCUCAGUUUUAGAACUCUGUGAUAACGUGACAAAUACUUGUUCCUCAAACAAUUCCAUAUGUAUUGUUAAUUCAUGCUGUUCACCAACUGCUGUCUGUUUACCUUUGUCAGUAACAAACUUUUGUCCCCCCGGUAGGCAUCGACGAUGA